AUGGAUCGAGGCAUUGCCAUCAUACCGAAAUCCAUAAAGCCCGCACGAGUGAUUGAGAACUUCCAGUUGUUUGACUUUUCGUUGACAAAAGAGGACAUCAAACUGCUGGAAUCAACAAAGCAUCGCCAGAGGCUUUUCACGGACGACUUAGAGAUGAGACAGAGGAAGCACUUCACAGUUCUUAAAUCUGACACCACUCUGCUCAAGCUCAAUUAG